UAUAUUGUGACGCACGCUGUGAUGACCAGUGACGACUGACGACGUGCGUCACCUGACUAGUCUAUUAGCUUCUGCUCUAUAUCGUCUACACACUCCGUUGUUAGACAGAUCGAAAAUAUACGAGCAUAAAAAUACAGCGCUCUCAUGUUGAUUUGUGCUUUAAACAUCUGAGCCGUGGCUGUAUUCGCCUGGUGGCCGGUACGACCAUUAGACGUAGUGGUGGAUGAGUGGAGGUAUCCAGUUAAAGGCCAUUUGUCGUCACCUGACUUGAUUGAAACGGGCAAUCGGAGAGGCUAUUAAUCUAUUAAUCUCCGUGCAUAUUUCUGACCAGCAUCAACUUAGAGCGGAAAGUGCGGUUGCGAGAUUUGAGGUGUUCACGAAAUGUUUAGUUGGUCUAGCGCUACAUUCGACAAACUCUUGGACAAAGCUACCAGUCACCUAUUACUGGAGCCCGACUGGCCCUCUAUACUUCAGAUUUGCGAUUGCAUUCGGCAGGGGGAUGUCCAGCCCAAGUACGCGAUAAGCGCCGUUAAGAAGAGGCUGUACACUAGGAAUCCUCACGUUACACUGUUUGCAUUACAGGUUCUAGAAUCGUGCGUGAAAAACUGUGGAGCCCCAGUUCACAAUGAAAUUGCUACUAAGCAGUUUAUGGAAGAACUUCGUGACCUGGUGAAGGCAAAUACCAACGAAGCAGUGCGAGACAAGGUUCUUGAGCUGUUACAGGCCUGGGCCCAUGCUUUCCGUAACGACCCUAACUACCGUUCUGUGCAGGACACGCUCAACCUCAUGAAAGUUGAAGGUAUCGAUGAUGCAGCUGACCUAACCAAGAUCCAGCGAAAGGGGUACAAGUUUCCACCAUUAAAGGAAAGUGACGCCAUGUUUUCAGCCGACCAAGCACCCGACUGGGCAGAUGGCGAGUGUUGUCACCGCUGCCGCGUUCAGUUCAGUCUGGUGCAAAGAAAGCACCACUGCCGUAACUGCGGCCAGAUCUUCUGUCAGAAAUGUUCUUCCCAGGCUGCUCCCAUUCCACGCUACGGUAUUGAAAAGGAAGUUAGAGUCUGCGAAGCCUGCUUUGAGAAAUUGAGCAGCCUCGCACUCUUAAGUGUAACAAAAUCACCAAGGUCUUCACAGAAAAGCACAGAGGAGUCUUCACCAGUGCACCAAACAAACUCAUCUGCGCCCCCAGGCAAGUCAGAGCAAGAGCUACAAGAAGAGGAGGAGCUACAGUUAGCACUCGCUCUGUCCAAGAGUGAAGCCGAGACCAAACAGCGUCCCGUGAGCUGGCAGCCACCAUCCACUCAGAGCACUGUUAAUCCCUCAAGCCAGCAGGAAAAGCCAAGCACUGAGCGGAAGUCCGAGAACAGUGCAACGGAAUCGGACCCAGAGCUCGCACACUAUUUAAAUCGCUCGUACUGGGAACAGCGCCAGCAGGGGCAGGACUCACCCGGUGGGACACCUUCGGUAAACAACCGACAAAGUCCGGUGCCAAGUGCACCUGCCACAGCUGUGUCGUACUCACCCAAACAUGCUCAGCAACCCACACAAGGCAUCAGCAUUCCUAUCAAGGGUGCGAGUGAUGCGGCAGGCGGUGACACAGAGCUGGAUGAGUUUACUGGCCAGCUGCAGAGUACACUUGAGGUGUUUGUUAACCGACUGCAGAGCAACGCAGUUCGUGGUCGCCAUGUGUCCAAUGACUCUUAUGUACAGAGCCUUUUCUUGAGCCUAAGCAGUAUGCAUUCAAAGCUUCUGCACUACAUACAAGAAAUGGAUCAGAAAAGAGAGUAUUACGAGGGUCUUCAAGACAAGCUGAGCCAGAUUCGAGACGCCCGAGCUGCAUUGGAUGCCUUGCGUGAGGAACACAACGAGCAGUUACGGCGGCAAGCUGAGGAGGCAGAUCGUCAACGCCAGAUUCAGAUGGCUCACAAGUUACACAUUAUGCGCGAGAAAAAGCGGGAAUAUUUGCAAUAUCAGCACCAGUUAGCUUUGCAAAAGAUGCAAGAACAGGAGAGGGAAAUGCAAAUGCGUCAAGAGAUGCACAAGCAGCAGUACUACAUGGGUUAUGGACAGCCACAGGGGCCGUUGCCACCAGGAAUGCCACCUCAGGGGAUGCCACAGCAAGGUGGUCCACCCCAUGGGAUGCCACAGCAAGGUGUUCCACCCCAGGGGAUGCCACAGCAAGGUGUUCCACCCCAGGGGAUGCCCCAGCAGGGUGUUCCACCUCAGGGGAUGCCGCCACAGAGCAUGCCACAGCAAGGGAUCCCGCUGCAAGGGAUGCAUCCUCACGGUAUCCCUCCCCAAGGGUUACCACCACAGGGUAUGCCACCUCACGGGAUGACAACACAAGGGCUACCGACACAGGCACUGCAGCACCAGUCUGUGGGCCCACAGUCUAUGGUCUCACAUACCAUGCCCCCACAUUCUAUGGCCCCGCAACCAGUGCCUCCAUGUUCUAUGCCCCCACAAACCAUGGCGCCACAGUUCAUGCCGCCUCCAUCGAUGGCGUUACCAUCUAUGCCACCGCAAGCGCUACAGCAGCAGACAGUUUCACCUCCAAAGACAUCACCGCCUCAUGGCCACCCACAAAACCUCGGGCAACCUGCAGGGCAACUUUACGGCGGUGUUCCACCACAAGGCAUCCGCUUUCCAAAUGACUUUCACCCUUACCUUGUUCAUGGUGCGAUGGGGCCGCAGCCCCAAAAUGGUCCUCAGCAUGGUCUGCCGACAGGCACAGAGCACAACCAGGUCCCUAUGGCCCCACCAGAGCCUGCACUUAUCAGCUUUGACUGAAAUUAUCCCUACUGCCUAGUACAAAGGACACGGUUGCCCUAAUAUGGUAAAAGGCUCGAGGUGGUACUACUGCUCACUAGUGGCUAAAUGGCAAGUUGGUGCAAUUGUUUGUAACAGUAAUUAAAAUGAGACUGUAUUUAUUUGAUGGCUUUGUACAACAUUCCCGUUGGCUUUUGGUCGUUAUGUAUAAUAAAUGCUAGAGAAUCUUA